AUGAGGCAGCCAGAAGGCCAAGGACGUUUAACCCUCGACGACUUCGUCCCCAACCAAGUCAUCGCCAGCACGCCUAGCAUGAGCGCAGGCUCUGUCCUGCAGUCGGACAUGACCAUAAAGUUCCAAGAGCUACGCGAUAUCCUGGACGGUGCGUGGGUGGAACAGCUCAAGGCCGACUACGAACAGCGCAAGGCCGACAAGCAGCGCAAGGCCGACGAGGAAGCCCGCCGGACAUCAACAUCUACCAACCAGCACUCCAAUCCAAGAAGUUUCAAUAAUCUCGUCAAUCAAUUAGUUAGCCAGAAGACCCGAGACAGACAUGGACGACAAGGAUAUAGCCCGAGCUGGGAUGAGGACUAUCAGGUCCACUGCAGCGUGGACUCCCCGGACCCGGACGUUGACUGA